CGCAAUGCAGGCGCUUAAAUGGGCGCUACCGCUGCUUAUAUUUACGUUAGCCCACGCUGUUGACGCAUCUACGCCAGAUGAGCGCCUCGAAGAGUACUUCAAGCAAAAGCUGGACGACUUCAAGAUAAAGCUUCACGAAGCUUUCGAAAAGGCCAGAUUACAGCGCCACAAGCGAAGUCUUGUGACUCCGGACAGUCCUGACUAUGGCGUCUUGCCUCAAGACCACCUCCGCGUCAUCGGUACGAAGCCGGUGGACUUGGGAAUACGCCUUGGGAACGUGUCCUGCUGGGAACCCGCGUACGUCGCAGGCACGACGUUCCUCGUGGUAGCCACACGCACCGGACAGGUCGAGCUGCUACGAUGGGCCAGCGGACGCUACGCUCCAUUCGCCGGAAUGGCCACAAGUUUGACGACGGUCAAAGUCAAGGCAUUUGUAUAUGGAGACCAGCUGUGGAUUGUGUGCCUCCAUCAGAGACACGGUGGGAGAGACCAUUUCGUGCGUCUGUACUUGCUUCAAGGCGAAAAGCUGGUCACAAAGCAGACCGUUGAACUAGGCGGCGAGUCCGACAUUGACGUGGUUCGCGGUGCUUCGGCCCACUAUCUCGUCACGUGCGUGUUCCGAACCUACUCCGGUUCUGGUACGUCGUACAAUGGAAAGCUCGUGCUUUAUGAAUGGAAGAACACGCAGUUUGAUGCAGUAUCGCAGCACUCGGUCAUCGGGGCCAAAUCUGUCGUCGCUUGGAGUAUGGAAGGACCCCUCUACAUCGCCGUGGCUCAGCAGAGGGACAACGCCGGUGAACUUUUCCUGGGCUCUCCUGUGUUCAUCUACAACCAGCGUCGGGAACAUGAGCUCAGCUUUGUGCAGGUGAUCAGGUUCUGGCAAGCUUUCAAAGUGAACCAUUUCACAGUCGCUGGCAUCCACUACCUGACCUUUCUGACUCGUCAAGGAGUCUUCCUCUAUUGGUAUGCCGGUGACCAGUUCCUGGAGUGGCAGACUCUUUUGAACACGGAGGGCGCAGAGGACGUCUCGAUUUUCAACCUACCAAACGGAGAAGCUGCCAUAGCAGUUGUGCGGAAGGAUGAAGUGAUGUUCUUCUUGGAGACCGAGUCCUCGACAUACAACUGCACUUUCACCCUCAAGAUGUCUGGCAUGACCCUCUCGAGCGUGGUGUUCCAGUUCAUCGAAGGCCAGUACUUCAUGUUCGUGACGCAGGCAGUGCUCUCUGCCCCCCAGCCACCGCUGCAACUCGUUCUUGAGAAGUACAGCUUCGUUGCCCAAGGAAAGCCGGACCCUCUUCUCGACUGCCUUCACAACCUGGAGAACUCGCUCGCACGGCGGCAGGCUCACGUGGACCACCUGGCCGCAAACAUUGGGCGUGUCUGGACAUCCAACGGGCAGAGGCCACUCGCCACAGAGCUGGUGGUCAUAGACGGUCCCGUCAAGGUCACCGGCUCGGUCACCGCACCCAAAGGAGUGAUCGUUCCUCAAGCACAGCGGGUCCCCAAGGUCACUCCGGACGACGUCUCGAGGCAAACGAACGACAUUUGGAAAGACGUUGCGAGAAUGGAGAAUGAAUUGAAGGGUGUUGUGUUCAAGUCGGUUCCGCAGACAAUUCAGGGGAACCUUAAGUUCGACAGACCAGUCAGUUCAUCAACUAUUAAUGUGGCUCUGCUUGUGGACACUACAUUGAAUGGUGUUCCACUCGCCGAUCUGCUGAAGAACACCCUCAAGGCAACCGGUGACCAGGUCAUCAGUGUUCCGGUAUCGUUCAACAACCUCUACGUGAACAACUUGAACACUCGCACAAUCAAUGGAAUCAACAUUUCGGACGUCAUGUUGACAAAUAAGGACCAGCUUGUCACUGGCAACCUCAAGUUUGGCCACGUCUCGCUGACAGACCUGAACGUCCAGAGAGGCCGUACCAUCAAUGGCAUCAAUCCGGAAAAAUUUGUCACCACCAACACCCCGCAAGUCAUUCAUGGGAUGAAAGAGUUUACAAAGCUGCGAAUCCCUGGCAACCUCAAGGUUACCACAACAGUAAACAGUAAAGACCUGUCCGCAUUUGUUGCUCACCUGGUGCCCCUGCAAGGCGUCACAACAGUUACCGGCGAGUGGACAUUCCAGGCACCACUGAUCAUUGGUUCUGCACUCGCCUUGAAGAAUCCAAUCAACGGGCUCUACAGCAUCCCCAAGCUGUACGCCGAGGCAGUCGACAAGCACAGCCACCAGACUAUCCGUGGACCAAAGACUUACCAGGCACCUGUUGUGAUCCACGGAAACGCCGAAGUUGCCGGCACGUUGAAUGGCAUCCGGCCCAGUCGCGACCUGGUCACAUUGCACACUCCGCAGAACAUUCGGGGCACGUGGACAGUCAAGGACGUGAUCCACUUCAAGCAUAACCUCAACGCUGGCACAAUUAAUGGCUUGGAUAUCGCCAGGGAUGCAGUGCUUCGAAGCAAGGGGCCACAGGUGGUUUUUGGGAGGAAAAUGUUCGAUGCGGACGUCACAGUGACAAGGGACAUUGCAAUGACGCCCGGAAGCACAAUUGACGGCGUUGAUCCAUCGGAGCUCAGCAGGACGCCGGGACUCGAGACGGUGUACAACACCGCAGUGAACAUUGAGUCGAUGAUCGUCAUUGGGAACGUGGUUGCGCAUAAGGGCAUUAACGACCGCAUGGUUCGCGAUCUGCAGAACUUGAUAUGGCUAAAGUCUGCUGACCAGCACAUCAGAUCACCUGUAAGCUUCAACAACGUUCACUUGGAGAAGGACUUGGACACUGAAACAAUCAAUGGCAUUAAUCUUGACGAAGACCUGAUGAGGACCUUUGGAGACGAAGUCCUCGAAGGGCCAGUGGUGUUCAAGGAUUCCAUUCGUACUAAGGGACCCAUUGACGUUUCCCCCGGCGUGAAAGUGAACGGCAUUGACCUUUCGGAAGCUGCCAAGCUGGUGUCAAGUUCCCAUCAAAACACUGUAAUUCACGGGGACGUGUCUUUCCCAUCACUGGUUGUACAAAAAGACCUCCACGCCGAAACUGUCAAUGGAAAGCCGCUCGCCCAGCAGUUUCUCUUGGUGAACGGCGAGCAAGUGAUCGCCGGUACGCCGUCCUUCAUGCAACCGAUCUCUGUCAAAGAAGUCGUCGUGGACUUCGUCAAUCCGGUGCAACUCAAUGGUGUGCCCUUCCGAGAAUUCAUGGAUGAGCUGGUAUUGCAAAAUGGCUCUCGGCACAGGCUGAUCACCAACAAGCACUUCAGGAAUGGAUUUGAAGCUCACCACUUGCAAAGUUAUGGCCUCAUCGAUGGCGUCAACGUCGAAGAGAUGCUGCACAGUGUGGUGCUCCUCGACGUUCCUCAGACGGUGGACGGCGUCAAGGUGUUCCAGAACCGUUUGCGCCUAGAGUCUCUGCUUGCCGAUCAAGUGAAUGGAGUCGACAUCAAAGAACACACUCACAGGGUUGUUCGUCGCAACGUUCAGCAGGUUAUAACCGGAAAGAAGACGGUCAUGGGGAAAGCUUUCGUUCACGGCCAUGUCACAACUGGUGAUCUCGUGAAUGGAGUUAACGUGAAGGACCUCUAUGCCCGAGCGAUGUCCAAGACCCAAGAGAAUCUUGUUUCUGCGCCGAUGACCUUCUUGAGUGGUGUGGAUGCUCGCCGCUUGCAUCUUUACGGACCUGCGAAGCUCGAUGGACUUGACCUCGACAAUGUCGUGCUGCUCCGCGAAGACGAAGUUCUGGGUGGCACGGUUGUCUUCAAGAAUCUUCUGUCGGAUGGAGACAUCCAGAUUGGUGGCCUCCUGAACGGUUGCAACAUUACAAAGCUGUACAAGGAAGCAUUGUACAACAGUGGCGUGAAACAGUCAGUGUACGGCCAAAAGCACUUCUCGAAGUUGAACGUCAAAGGCAAUGUCCACAUUCUCGGGGACCUCAACGGGGCUCCGUUCGAUGCUCUGGUUGGCAAUCUCGUCAUGAGGAAUGUGCCGCAAACGGUCGACGGUCCAGUGACCUUUCUGGACAAGGUGGUCGUCGACUCCCUCACCCUGACCGGACCGAUCAACGGAGUCAACCUGACAGACCUACUACGUGACUCAGUCACUAAGUCAACUGAACAGGUGGUCCGAGGAACAAAGACCUUCACUAACCCACACGGACUUGUUGCGUCCAACUCCCUCCACGUUCGUGGCAACGUCGUGUCGCGUGGCUCUGUGGGUGGCAUCAGCAUUGCCGAUCUUGCCAGCGUUGUCACCGCUCACGGUCGCCAUGUCAUCCACGGCAAAAAGACCUUGGUGGGACCUCUGACUGUGGAAAACAUUGAUGUGAGAGGCAAGCUGAACGGCCUGCGCAUACCCGGAGACCUGGUCCUGCCGAGGCUCAAGAACCAGCUCAUUCCAGGAAAGGUCAUCCUGGCUGGCCCCUCAGCCAUCCAGGGCAACUUGAAGGUUGGCAAGGUCAACGACCUCUACCUGGAACAGUUGCUGGCCGAGAGGGUGACCCUGAGCGGAGACCAAAGGCUCAGAUCCAAGCUAAUUUUCCAGAAGGACGUUCCUAUAUAUGGUGACCUUGGUUUUGACCGCAUCAAUGGCAUUUUGAGGGAGCAACUGGUCACCCAGUCCAGGGAGUACAAGCUCUCCGGUGCCAAGACGUUCGUCCAGGACGUGGAGAUCCGUGGCAACCUGAACGCGGUCACCAUCAACGGUUACGACCUGAUCGAGCUUGCGAGAGAUGUCGUGCUCGUCAACAGGCCCGAGGAGAUACCUCAUUCCACUGUUUUCUCAGCUCCCAUAGAAGUGGUCGGUCAGAUCACGGUCAUGGGCACUGCAAACGGCAUUGACGUUCAGAACUUGAAGCAGAACUUUGACGCUGGCAAGAACCGGUGGAAGCAGGGAGUGCAGGGCAUGGCCGAUGCCCUCAGAUACCACGAAGCUAUUCUACAGCGACAGCUUGCCGCUUACAAAGGGCAAGCCACGGGUCUUGCCUACUUCAGGGCCUUCCAGACCCUGGAUAUUCCCUCUCGUAGGAUCUUGACUAGCCCGGUGACUCGCUCGGCAAGAUCUCCCUGGAAUACGGCUCCAGCAGAUUCUAUGGUCCUGUGGACUGCCUGGCCAACUCUCUGCCUCCACGGAGGAGACGACUGCUGCGAGGAGUUCUCGUCGGAGGUGCUCGUCAUGGAACCCGACGGCACACUGUCCAAGGGUCGACAGGCCCUGCGCCGCCGCUACUUCCCGUUUGCCUCUCAACAUGCAGCGACACAACCUGGAUUUGUUGUCUGGACCAAUACCACCUCCAGCAGAAUCGGCUGCGAACACCCAGGUGCGGAGGAGCUCGCCCUAGCUCUCCUGGAUCCGCACGUCCAGCUUGCGGGGGAUCAGCUAGUCAAGGUCGACCUGAGGGUCACUGCUUCGGCGUUCGUGAGCGAUGCCAGGAUGUUUGAAUUCCUCGGAAGCACGUAUUUGGUCGUGGCCCACUCGUUCAACAAGUAUCUCCUGCCCUCAAGCAAAGGCGGACACAUCGAUGUCUAUCGGCUCUCGCCGGGCCAGGCCCACUGGCAGCUUCACCAGACCCUGAAUGCCACUGGCGUUGCGGCAAUCGACGUCGCGGAAUUCGACGGCGUCGUGUUCCUCUCGUCUGCGAACAACUGGAAGCAGGGCUUGACGUCCACUUACUCCACCAUCUACACUCUUUCGGGAGUCGUUAACAUGUUUGUGCCAAUGGCCGACAUGCCCACAUCGCUGGCAACCUCGACGCUGUUCCUCACUGUGGACAACUCGCUGCUGUGCGCAUUCGCAAGCGAAACGACGGCGCUCCAGGACCAGCACAGCUGGCUGGAUGCCUACACGGAGCCGGUCAGCAUCUACCGCCACGUUUAUGGUCGCUUUCAGCUUCUUCAGAACAUUCCGCUGUACGGUGUCAACACCAUGGACCACUUCAGGUUUGCAGGUGACGUAUUCCUCGUGCUUGGCAGCAGCUAUGCCAAGACAGUCGCAGUCUACCAGUGGAAGGGUUAUAGCAAAUUUGAGCAGGCCCACGCAAUCUCGGUGUCUCCCCUCUAUCUGAGAUCCUACUGGUCUCGCACCGGCAGUCUAUUCCUUGCCGUAGCCACAGAAUGCGGCAAGACGAGAGUGUUCGAAGCUUUGUCCUAUGGCCGCUGCAUAUCCCCAAGGGCCGAUGCGGGCUAAGGUCAUUUGCGGGCAAUUCCACGUUAACAUGUGCGGUGUCGGCACCAGAUGUUCAAACCAAUGCUGAACAAGUGUAAAACGCACUUGUCGCAACGUCUAAACUUGUGCGAAAUGUUGUGCUACUUGUUGAAGUACCUGUUAAGUUUACUCUAAUGCUGUUGAUACUCAUUUACAUUAGUUGAGUUUAUGCUGCUCAAGCAACUUGUUUUAUUCACCCACAUUUACUUGUUAACUGCAGCUUUUGCUGCGACCCGAAGUGCAAGUCAAACUUGCCAUGUUGCUCGUUUUAGACGAGGCUUUAUUGCCUCUGCUUGGUGUAAAAUAAAGAACUGUCACUUUUAUGAA